UUUUUAAGCGAACAGUCCAAAAUAAUAAAAGGUACACAUGUAUAGAAAACCAGAACUGCCAAAUUGACAAAACACAGAGAAAACGUUGUCCUUACUGUCGAUUUCAAAAAUGUCUAAGUGUUGGAAUGAAGCUAGAAGCGGUAAGGGCCGAUCGAAUGCGCGGAGGAAGGAAUAAGUUUGGACCAAUGUACAAGAGAGACAGGGCCCUGAAGCAACAGAAAAAAGCCCUCAUCCGAGCCAAUGGACUCAAACUGGAAGCCAUGUCUCAGGUGAUCCAAGCGAUGCCCUCUGACCUGACCAUCUCUUCUGCCAUUCAGAACAUCCAUUCUGCCUCCAAAGGCCUACCUCUGAACCAUGCUGCCUUGCCUCCUACAGACUAUGACAGAAGUCCCUUUGUAACAUCCCCCAUUAGCAUGACAAUGCCACCUCAUGGCAGCCUGCAAGGUUACCAAGCAUAUGGCCACUUUCCUAGCCGGGCCAUCAAGUCUGAGUACCCAGACCCCUACACCAGCUCACCUGAGUCAAUAAUGGGCUAUUCCUAUAUGGAUAGUUACCAGACAAGCUCCCCGGCAAGCAUUCCACACCUGAUACUGGAACUUUUGAAGUGUGAGCCUGAUGAGCCUCAAGUUCAAGCCAAAAUCAUGACCUAUUUGCAGCAAGAGCAGGCUAACCGAAGCAAGCACGAAAAGCUGAGCACAUUUGGGCUGAUGUGCAAAAUGGCGGAUCAAACCCUCUUCUCCAUUGUGGAGUGGGCCAGGAGUAGUAUCUUCUUCAGAGAACUUAAGGUUGAUGACCAAAUGAAGCUGCUUCAGAAUUGCUGGAGUGAGCUCUUAAUCCUCGACCACAUUUACCGACAAGUGGUACAUGGAAAGGAAGGAUCCAUUUUCCUGGUUACUGGGCAACAAGUGGACUAUUCUAUAAUCGUGUCACAAGCCGGGGCCACCCUCAACAACCUCAUGAGUCACGCACAGGAGCUAGUGGCAAAACUUCGCUCCCUACAGUUUGAUCAGCGAGAGUUCGUGUGUCUGAAAUUCUUGGUGCUCUUUAGUUUGGAUGUCAAAAACCUUGAGAACUUCCAGCUGGUAGAAGGUGUUCAGGAACAGGUCAACGCAGCCCUGCUGGACUACACCGUAUGCAACUACCCCCAGCAAACAGAGAAGUUCGGGCAGCUACUUCUGCGGCUACCCGAAAUCCGGGCGAUCAGCAUGCAGGCUGAGGAAUACCUCUACUACAAACACCUGAAUGGGGACGUGCCCUACAAUAACCUUCUCAUAGAAAUGUUGCAUGCAAAAAGAGCCUAAGUUAUGACCCCUAAGAGUUCUGCUUCCAGAACACAAAGAGAUUUGAGGGGAGGGGAAAGAACAGGAAGAGGAAAAAAAAUACUCUGAACUGCUCCAAGCAACACUAAUUUAAAAACUCGGUUAAAGAUACUGAAUUUAAAAAGGCAUAAUAAUCAAAUACUUAAUAGCAAAUAAAUGAUGUAUCAGGGUAUUUGUAUUGCAAACUGUGAAUCAAAGGCUUCAUGUCCCCAAAGGAUUCAUGUGAAAGACAUUGUAACGGAAUGGAUUUGAACUCACAGAUGGAUUCCAGCACUAUGUCAGAAUAAAAAUGGACAGAACAAUUCUUGUAUAUUUAAACUGAUCUCCACUAUGAAGAAAUUUAGGAACCAAUCUGUGUUAUUAAUUAGGCUUAUACAGUGAGGGAUCGAGCUUACAGAAUUCCUCCCUGGUGAAGCUGAACUGAAACAAUUCUCAAGAAUGCAUCAGCUGUACCUGCGACAGCCCCUCUCUCUUCCUUGGAAGGCCUCGCACCUUCUGCCCUGUGAUCACCAAGUCUGUACAAAGGACCUAUGCUCAGCCACGCCCAUUAGUAGCUCCACUAAAUCAUGAAUUCCAAAUGUCUGUGUCUUAGACCUGCAAACCGCUAAUAAGAGCGAUCUAUAAAUAUGUCAGCUUGCCAUUUUAAAUAUGUUCUCAAGUUUGUUUUGUCACGUGUUCAUGAUUUUACAAAGAGCAGGCAGUAUCCCUCUUCUAUCUUAUAUAAGCAUUCAUGAAUAUUAAGGGAAAUGGCUACAAAUUUUUUAAGCAAAUGCUCCAUAACUAAAGCAAGUUAGAUCUUAUUUCUGCUACUGUUGCUGAAAUGUGGCUUUGGCAUUGUUGGACUUCAUAAGAAUUUCUGGCUGAAAGGCUUUUUAGGCUACAUCUGCCCUUUUUAAUCAUAAAGGUUUGUAGUUCAUUUUAAAAAAAAAUACAGCUUUAAAAAUCUUUUGCUGGAAUGUCAAAUAGUCACAGUCCUAAGUAGUUGAACAUAAAAACUGAAGCAUGUCAAGCUAUGAAAAUGAAAAGGUAGGAGAAGCUGAUAGAUUGGUUGACACAAAGUUCAUUCUAGUUGCCACUGAGCAUCCCCUAUCUUGAGAUGAGAACAGUAAUUUUUGAAUGCAGCCUGGAAAAAUCCAACAGUCAUUUAAAUCUUCCCCAAAGAGGAAAGGAAGAGAGUGAUACUGACCUUUCUAAGUCAUAGACCAAAGUCUGCUGUAGAACAAAUAUUGGAGGACAAAGAAUUGCAAACAAACUCUCCAAACAAUGCCGUCAGUAUUAUUAACACUCGAUGCCACAGGUAUGAAAGUCUUGCCUUAUUGCGCGAUUCUGGAAGGUAGCUGUGCAGAUGUGGAUCAACUUUAAAAAUAAAGUAUUAAUGCUUUUAAAGUCAGAUAAAA